UACACACACACACACAUACACACACACACACACACACACACACUCUACACACACACCAGGCUGGGAUAACUGUCGCUGAAAGCAUGGAGACCGCCCAGUCGGAGAUGAGCAUCAUCCCUAACGGCAAAGGACACGAAGUUGCGGAGGACUCCACCGUACCCAUGAAAACCUUGCCUCAGGACGGAGAGCAAAAUUGUACCCAAAAUGUCAGUCCCCGCAGAUUUGAGGAUGCUGAGGGCAAUGUGGCCGAGAGUCAGGAGUUCCUGUCCACCAUGGAGAACAAGAACACCACAGGGUUUACAGACUUUGAAGGGAAGACAUCUUUUGGAAUGUCUGUGUUCAACCUGGGGAAUGCCAUCAUGGGCAGCGGGAUUCUGGGACUUGCGUAUGCCAUGGCCAACACAGGCGUUGUCCUCUUCUUGUUCCUCCUCACAGCUGUUGCCGGCCUCUCCUCGUACUCCAUUCAUCUGCUGCUCAGGUCCUCAGGCAUUGUGGGUAUUCGGGCCUACGAGCAGCUGGGGUACAGAGCCUUUGGCAUGCCAGGGAAGCUGGCCGCCGGGAUCGCUAUCACUCUGCAAAACAUUGGAGCCAUGUCCAGCUACCUGUACAUUGUGAAGUCCGAGUUCCCCCUGGUCAUCCAGGCCUUCCUGGGGGUGGACACGACAUCAAGCGAGUGGUACCUGAAUGGCAAUUACCUGGUUGUUUUGGUAUCUGUCAGCAUCAUCCUGCCCCUGGCCCUAAUGAAGCAGCUAGGUUACCUGGGCUACACCAGUGGCUUCUCUCUCAGCUGCAUGGUCUUCUUCCUCAUUGCGGUCAUCUACAAGAAGUUCCAGGUCCUCUGCCCUUUCCAAGACUUCUCCUUCAACGGCACGGCGGCUCUGAACGCCAGCGUCUCCGUGGAGCCCGCCAUCGGCUUCCACAAUGACCACGCCCAGGAAGCGAAUGACUCCUGCGCCCCACGCAUGUUCACCAUUAACUCGCAGACUGCGUACACCAUCCCCAUCUUGGCUUUUGCCUUCGUAUGCCACCCUGAGGUCUUGCCCAUCUACACCGAGCUGCGCAACCCCACCAAGAGGAGGAUGCAGCAUGUUGCCAACAUCUCCAUCGCAGUCAUGUACACCAUGUACUUCCUGGCUGCUCUGUUCGGAUACCUGACUUUCUAUGGUAAGGUGGAGGCGGAGCUGCUGCACACCUACAGCCGGAUCGACCCGUACGACACGCUGAUCCUGUGUGUGCGCCUGGCCGUGCUCACCGCCGUCACGCUGACCGUGCCCAUCGUCCUCUUCCCGGUGCGACGGGCAAUCCAGCAGAUGCUCUUCCCCAACAAGACCUUCAACUGGGUGCGUCACAUCAUCAUCGCUGUGUCUCUCAUCACCUUCAUCAACAUGCUGGUCAUCUUCGCCCCCAACAUCCUGGGCAUCUUUGGGGUCAUAGGCGCCACGUCGGCUCCCUGCCUCAUCUUCAUCUUCCCUGCAGUCUUCUACAUCCGCAUCGUACCCAAGGACGAGGAGCCCAUGCGCUCCACCCCCAAAAUCCUGGCGGCCUGCUUCGCCUUCCUAGGAUUCCUGUUUAUGAUAAUGAGCCUCAGCUUCAUCAUCAUCGAUUGGACGUCGGGAAGCAGCAAGGGCGGUAGUGGCCAUUAGGCUCCGCCCACCUUUAUGUGGGACUUCUUCGAUAGAAUUUUACUUAAUUUUUUUUUUUUGGGAUGUUUGUUGUACAGGAUGCACUAUCUCUUCUAACAGAAAGUACAGGCCACUGUAGAAGUCAGGUGGGGAGAUGGCAGGAUGGCACUUUGAGGUGAACCCCUCUGCUGUCCUCUCUGCCAGUGAAAAGGUGUGGCUGAAUAAGAACCGGGCUAGCUGGGCAGGGCACAGGUCAGUUCACACCCUAACAAAAAUCCACUAAUAUUUUUGGCCACUAAUCUCAAAAGAAGCCAUAACAAAGAGUGGAUACUGUAGCUUGUCUCAACAAAGAAAGAUAGUGGGGGGGAUAAGGGUAUUUUUUUAAAUAAUGCUUUUAACUUUAAGAAUCAGGGUAAAACAGUGCUGAAUUACUGCUGAAGAGUGACCUAGGUUUAAACAAGACAGUCCUCAUAGUAUGUACUUAAAAGGCCUUCUAUCUACACAUUAUGAGAAAUGCAUAUCACAUUUGUCGGAAUUCAGACAAAUGCUCUUUCAAGCCAUAGUAAUUGGUGCAAACAAUUAUUUUUUGUAAUUUUUUUUAUGAGAAAGGAGUUGGAUUUAUAUAGAGCCUUUCAUUCCUCUUCAAGGACUUCAAAGCACUUUGCAGUGGUUGGUUAACUCACCUCAGCCGCCACCAGGGCAGUGCCAUUUGUACAUCAGGAUGUGUGAGCUGAAGUUUAAUGUGGUUAGCCAUCAGUAUAAGCACACAACACUACCUAGAGGACUGUGGGACAUUGGGGGUGCUGAUGGACAUGUACCAAAGCUUUCAGUCCCCAGCAACAGAGCAGAGAAGAAAAGGCCAGUAACACAUUCAAUGGUAAGGGAUAGUGCAUCCUAGCCAAAGUGGAAUCUGAAUUAGAAGUUGAAGCUUGCUUGCUGAAACCUCCCCCCCUAAGUCCUCUCCAUCCCCAGACCCCUGCUCCUCUCGCCCUGCUCCUAAGCCUUAACCUUUGACCUUCUGAACCACAGCUAGCUCUGAACAGGAGCCGUUUUGGUAUCCCAGGUCGGUAUUCAUAACGAGGGCGUCGACACUACACACAGCAGGAAAGUAGAGUGUUACUUAGUAUUUUUGAUAAGGGUUUAAGGUAAGUUAUUUUCUGAUUAAAAACUGGGGAUUAUACUGUGCAAUAGCUGAGGUAAAUCAGGCAGGUGGAAGCUAUUGGACAGGAGGGUGAUCACCAUGGCAACUCCCGCCAUUGGUUCAUUCUAUGUCCCACACUGCUAUUUGUCUCGAUCUUGGCCAGGUGCUCUCAUGUCACACUGUUCCUUCCUGCAUAGUGUUCAUAAGAACCUUAUAUAUGUGGAAUAUAAGAUUACUGCAGAUUUUAAUAUAUGUAUUUCAAAAUCAUUUGUUUGUGUCAUCAUGAGACAAAUAUAUGGAUUUUAGUCUGUCUUCACCAGUCAUCACAAUCAGUCAUACCAGAGUCCGUGAGCGUGUGUUUGGAUCUGAGCACACAUGGAGCCGUUACGUCAGAGCAGUUCCACACAGCGCAUCGCUGUGUUGUCAGGGCCACUGCGCUCAUUUCCUGGAGGCAAUUACACGGAACAUUCCAGGUUAGCCUGGGUGCGAGUUGUCUUGCAGGUCAUUUCUCACAGUCAGCGACAACCUUGUCUGGCAGUGGUAACUAAGUUGUUUCUGAGAAUUUAAUGAAAAUUAAUGAUUUUAAUGAUAACCAAAAAAAAAAACCACACAAAAAAGACACAAAGGGUCUCCUCUGAAUGUGGAGACUGGUGGAUGAUGGUUGUAAAUAUUUCUCUUGAAGGUGAGUUUUGUUCUUAGCAGAGGUUUAUUUGCAGUGGUACAGUAGACGCACAAACGUCAUGGCAGUACCAGCAUCACUUAAACAUUCCUGCAACGUAGCUGAUUUAGCUAGAGCACUUUGAGCUGAAAAGCACAACUUACACUAAUGGCAAUUAAUCAAUUGACAAAUUAUAUGUAUAAAUGAAUAAUGAUUUAAUGUUUAUAUAUAGAUGUACAUUUAAACAGGUCAUUGUAAUACUAAUCUUAAACCUUUUCAACGAAGAAAUGUUGAACUUUUAUUGUAUUUUGAAAACACUGCAGUUUAAGGCCAUAGUCAAACAGGGUACCAUGCAUUUGCAAAUGUGUUUUCAAAAUACCUGAAACUUACCUUCCCAUGCCCUCCACUGGUUGACCAGUCUGUCUUUGAUAUGAGUAUGAACAUAAUGGUGUCUGUCUGAACUUUGUCCUCUGCCCAUUUAGUUGUGGUUCAUUCAAUGGGUGUCCUGUAAGGAUUUUAGCUGUGCCUGUGUUUAAGAAAAUGUUUAAAUAGAGUCUUAGUGGACAUUUUCUCUAAAAUUGUGAGGCCACCAGUGAAUUAGUCGUUCCUUAUUACCUGUGAAGUCACUGAUCACUCUCAGGAUUGCAAAACAGGAAACAAUUCAGCACUUCUUAUCUCAGUAUUUCUGGUCAAUUUUUAACUUGUCAGUCAUAGCACCAGGUCCUACUCAUUGCUGAGCAGGGAGUUGUGACAAAAUGCCAAUUGUUUCAAACUAGUUCAUGAGUGGAUGACUGUUAAUAAUGAUGUGGUAACUGUCAGGGAGCCUAGCUAGCUAUAUGCCCUGCUCCCUGCUUCACAUGAGAUGUAAAGUUAUAGCCUGAGCACCCUGAUCACAGGUGUGUUCAUUUAAGAGUUAGUCAAACAUACUGAUAAGAACAUCUGAGAAUUUGUUUUUCAUCUUUCUCCUUUUUAUUUUGAUGAUAAUGAUGCUGAUUAUUAUCAAUGUUGUUAUCAUUAAAUGUAUUUGUUUGGUAGAAGCGCUUCUCCAGGUUGGUUAAUAGUGGAUUGCCAUCUCCUCCUUAGGAUGUCCUUGUUCUCCUGUUUUUCUUUCCAAGUAUCUGAUGCGUAGCUUUCAGGCUUCCACCAGAUAGCCUGAACCUAAUGUCUGAGGAAUCCCAGCGAAUCCAUGAGGUGAUCCAGACUGCUGUUUUAAUUUGAGAGAAUCACCAUGACAUAUUCUGUCCUUUUAAAACCAUAAUGCUGGUGUUAUUUUCCUUAGAAUGUAGGACAACUGAAAAAAUACCCCACCCCCAAGCUGUGCUAGUGUCUGUCUAGUUUUUCCUUCCUUGCUAGACAUCUUCUCUCUUUGGAGUUUUGUGAUGAAUUGAUGUUAUUCUAAGAUACAGGGAGUGCUGUAAUAUUUUAUGUGAAUUUUAUUUAAUCUCUGUCACACUGAAUGGUUCUGAAGCACAAUCCCAUUAUCACUGAAAUCCCUAGAGAGUCCCUCAUUCUCAGUGUCUUUCACAUUGUCAGAAUACCAACCAGCAUCCCUAUCCGUGGAUGCCACUCCUCUGCUGACCUCUGACCUCAUUUGCUUCUCUGCCACGUUCAUGAAGAAUACCAGUAUGUGGAUGCAGCACACCACAAACCAUGCCUUGUUCAGUUAGCGCAUUAAUAUUGGAAACAGGAUAUUAAGGCAUGUGGACAUACUCAUUUCAAGCACAGUGUUAUACAAAUGUUUGAACAUACAGUGUAUACAUUCACACAGGAUAAAGAUACAGGCUAGCCACCCCUUAAGUUUUAAUCAUGAGCCAGAAAUUAUAUUUAGCUUCAGUCAUAUGUAAUAAAAAUAGCCUUUUUACCUUGGCAUUGUGUUUCAUUCUUUUUUUCAAUAUGUCUGUACAAUAACUCAUUUUAAUUUAUACAGCUGUGGUUGUGUUUAAUCUGUACAAUACCUUGUUUUAACUUAUAGACAGUUUUUGAUGUGUUUAAUCUGGCUGUUCUGCUUUGGCAUAUUUGAGAGUGGUAAACCCUUUUUCAUACAUUUAAACAAUUGGCCACUUAAUUUCUAUGUGUCUCCUUGAAGCCAAAAGGCAUGUUUGGUUGUAAUGACCAAACAAGUGCAAUCGGUUUCAAAGGGUGUCAAAAUGGAAACCUUUUAAGUUUAUACAGGGACAAACUAAUUCAGAGACUCGUUGUGUCGGUCUUCCUGAAGAGUUCAAGUUAAAAAACUAUUUCAGUGUAUAACACAUGCAGAACUCAGUAUUGAAUUUAAGCAAGUAUUUACAAUGACAGCCCACACAGUAUGACAUUUUAUUCUGUUGGCAUGUACUGGUGUUCUGUACUGGCCAAGAACAGUGCAUCUCUUAGAUUUCAGAAUAUCACCCCUUAGAUGUUCCAGGUGCUUCUUUGGUAGAAAAAAAAACUAUCGGCUUUCACUGAGCAAGAAGGUGAUACUCUGACCCAGCCUAUACUGUAUAUGCAGGACUAGAUACACAUUUAAACAGUAUAUUUCCUGGUCCCAAGAUCAGAUCUGAACACUAGGGGGCGAUAUUUACAAACCGUCCUAUUUCUGAUAUCCACGGUUAUGCAGUAACGGGGUCUUGCUCCUGUUUUCCUUUGUAAUUAACUUGACAACAAAAUGACAGUGAGUGAAUAACAACGUUUGUGAAUUUUGGAUUUACAUGGCAGCAUUCAUCAAUUGUGUACAUAAAUGUAAACCCUUUAUAUUCUUGAUGCAUAUCUAGUCGUGUAAAUAGCCAGGAUAGCUUUAGUUUCGCAAUUAAAAAAGAGAAAAAUG